AGUAGAGAAGAAAAGAAGAAACUUAAAAAUAAGUCUGAGAAAAAAAAUUGUCUUAAACUGCAUAACAUUGAACGGUUUUUGUUUAGGGAGGUGGAAGAGAAAAGAUCAAACCUAGAUGGAAAUGUUGACGAAAUUGCCAAAGAGCUCCAAAGAAUGGAAGGCAAAAAACAAUACCUAGAGGAAGAAAAAACAGAUUUAUCAGAAGCACUUGACAGACAACGUCACUUAUUUGAGUCUAAGGAGAGAGAAGUUGAUUUACUUGCAAAAGAAUUUGAACUAGCCAAAGAGCGACAAGCAGAAUUUUUAGGAGACAGAGGAACUUUGGAUUUGAAUUUGAAACAUGCUGCUAUAGAGAAGAAAUCCAACCAUGAUAUUCAUGCAAGAAAAAUGAGAGAAAAAGAGAGAGAUCUGAAAGCUUUAAAAAAGAGCGAGUUGCAAAUGAAAGUGGCGGAAGAUUCUGUGCAACAUGUGAGAGCAGUUUAUGACAAAGUUAAGGCUCAGGUUGACAGUGCCCCUAGGGAUGAUGGGACAUUGUUGGAGAAGAGGAAAGAGUUACAGAGGGAGGUUGAUGUCACUAAGAGAACUCUUGCCCAACAGAAUGCUCUGACUGCUCAUGAACGUGCUCGUGUGGAGCAAAUGAUACAAGAGGAGGAGAGACUACUGAUGGAGCAAAGUGAAUUGAGAGUUGAUGUCAUUGACUUGACAAGACUAGCUCAGAUUAAGGCAGAUGAAAGAGAACAAAAAGCAAGGGACUACAUGAGAGCUGAGCUAAGAUACCAGCGAGCUCUUGAAGACUUAAAAACCAAGAACCUCAGUAUUCAAGACAGUGCUAAGAAAUAUGCUGAAAUGCAACACAGGCUCGCUGACUUCGCUAAACUGUAUGAUGUGAUCAAAAACGAACGCAAUAAAUGCGUGAACUUAAUUCAGACAAGUACACAGAAAGCUGCAGAAAUGAGGGAAAAGAUUAAAAUACUUCAAAACGAAAUAGAAAUUCUGCGGUCUAAAGUGAAUGCAAAAGACAGACUUUUGCAGAAAGCCCGGUUAAAGCGUAAUAAUGCUGUUGUGAUCCGCGACAGUCUAAGAAAUGAGAUGAGUAAAAGAUCAAAGACUGAGGAAGAGAAUAGAGAAAAACGGGAACAGCUGAGAUUGGAUAUCGCGAAACUAAACGAUCUCAUAAACAAAGCAGAAGAAAACAUGGUCCAGCUUAGGAAACGAUACGAGAGUGCUGUACAGGAAAGAAAUGACAUGGGAAUACAUCUUAUCGAGACAAACGAAGAAGUCUGUGUCUUUUAUGAGAAGCUCAACAUACAAGACACGAUGAUUCGUAAUGGUGACGUGGAAUUAAAAGCUAGAGAAGAAGAGAUACGUUUCCUAAAGAUGGAGGUGAAUGAGCUAAAGCGAUCCAUUUCAGUCGCUCAGAAGAACAUGCCAAACAAGAGAGCUUUAGACAACGAGCUGGUUACCUUACAAAUACAGCUCGUGGCCAGUCGGGAACGACUCGCCAUGCUUGAGAAGAAACUCGAAGAUCCUUCGGAUGAGAAUCGUGUUCGGCUAUUAGGAGGUGACGACCCUGAGCCCGAGGUGCUCGCCAAGAAAAUAGAAGAACUGGAGUUAAGGCUCGCUGAGAAAGAGGAAAAACUACUAGAGAAGGAUUUAAUAUUUGAAGAAGUCACAAGACUAGCGGACAGAACAAAGAAAAAGUCGGAAACUGGCAAAGAAGAUACUCUAGAAUUAGCAAAGAAGGUGAACGAAUAUCAAGCAAAGAUAAAGGACACCACCCGUAAAAUGAUGGCACUUGUUUCGGAACUGUCCAUGCAUCAGGCCACAGCCAUGAAACUUCAACAGGAAGUGAAAGGAAAAGAACAGGAGCUGGAACAAUGUUACGUGCGUAUGGAGAGAGGCGAGGCGCCGAGCGAAGAGGCUGAGAGAGAGUGGUACAGAAUGAUCCGAGACGAAGACCGGAAAAAUAAAGAGCUUAUGGAAAAGAAAGAGCGCGAGGAAGAGGAGGAACAUUAUCUUCUGCCUGGCGGUGUCUUCACCACUGCAGAGCCUCGACCCAAUGCUUAUAUCCCGGAUGAUGACUCAGAGCUACCCAUCCCAAGGCCCUAUGGUUCAUUGGCACCAUUUAAACCCACGGAACCCGGGUCUACGAUGCGUCACAUAAGAAAACCAGUUAUAAAGCCUAUAGAGAUUUAAGUCAUCUUUUGUACGUGGAAUACUCUUAUAGCCAAAUAGGUUGUGGGAGGAAGAAGUGAACUUAUUUUGGAGGGUAAUGGAAGUUGUUAAUAACACUAAAGCAAGCGAGUCUUUCCAGCUUGUCUUUACUUUGUAAAUUUUUGUAGAUAGCAAUAAUUUAUUAAAGGACUUGAAUCCA